UGAAUGAUAAGAAGAUUACAGAAUGUUAGAAAGCGAAAGAGAAAAAUAGAUUCUCUCCUUUUCCUUGCUGUCAGGCUUAACAUCCAAGCUAACCAGGAAAGGAGAGAGGAUGAGAGAAUCAUCAUCCCUCUCUCACUCAUUAUAAAUACACUCUACACCCUAUUCCUUAAACCUCCAUUACGAAAACAAAAUCAUUUCUUCAUUUCCCUAAUCAUUUUUCUCAAUUGCAAACAGUAUAUACUUUGUAUCAAUUCUUUAAUUAUUAUCUAUAUAUUUAUCGAUGGCAUCAGAAACAACAGGGGAAAAAAGGGUUGUUGUUGUUGGUGGUGGAAUUGCCGGUGCCCUAGCUGCUAAAUCUCUUCAAUCUGAUGGUGAUGUUGUUCUCAUCGAUCCUAAGGAGUAUUUUGAAAUUACAUGGGCGAGCAUGAGAGCAAAAGUUGAGCCCUCAGUUGCCGAGAGAAUGGUGGUGAAGCACAAGGAUUACUUUACAAAUGGGCGUCUUGCCAUGUCUUCGGCUGUUGGUGUCACGGAGACACAUGUAUUAACAGCUGAUGGAGAGUCGAUACCGUACGACUACCUUGUCAUUGCUACUGGCCACAAUGAUAAUUUUCCCAAGACAAAAAGUGAGAGGAUGGAACAAUAUCAAGCAGACUACAACAAGAUAGAGUCUGCAGAUUCAAUUUUAAUCAUUGGGGGAGGGCCAAGUGGUGUUGAACUUGCUGGGGAGCUUGCUGUUGAUUUUCCUGGGAAGAAAGUGACUCUGGUUCACAGCAGGCUGAGGUUGUUAGAUUUUGUUGGAGCAAAGGCUUCUAAGAAGGCUUUAGAUUGGUUAACCUCAAGGAAGGUUGAGGUGAUUUUGGGUCAGUUAGUUGAUUUGAAGUCUCAUUCAGAUGGAGAUAAAACGUUCAAAACAUCAACUGGGGAAACAAUCGUAGCAGAUAUCCACUUCUUUUGUGUAGGAAGGCCGUUAAGUUCAUCAUGGAUAAAAGACUCUGUACUUAACGAGGCUGUAGAUGCUCGAGGAAGGGUGAUGGUUGAUGAACACUUAAGGGUGAAGGGUCGCAAAAAUGUCUUCGCUAUUGGAGAUAUUACUGACAUCCCGGAAAUGAAACAAGGGUACCUGGCACAGAAGCAUGCUCUAUUAGCAGCCAAGAACGUGAAGUUGUUGAUGGAUGGAGGAAAAGAAAGUAAGUUGGCAAGUUACAAAACUGGUUCAGAUAUCGCAAUUAUUUCCUUAGGUAGAAAAGAGGCUGUGGCUCAGUUUCCUUUUACAACUAUUGUUGGAUGCAUUCCUGGAUUAAUCAAAUCCAAGGAUCUCUUCAUUGGGAAGACAAGGAAGACUAUGGGGGUUUGAUAUUCAUAAGAUAUUUUCUGUAAAUUAUAAAGUUAAUUCACGUUUGUCCAUUGCUUCUGUAUUGUAUUGGGUAUCUUGAGAAGAAUGGUCUUACCAUAUCUAUUUAGAACUUUCAGCCUGGCAUGAAAUGGAGGUUCUUUGUUUGUUGUUUCUGUAAGAGUGAGAUUUGUAUAUUAUCAUCAGUGCAUUGGUGAAUGGUAUUUGGCUUAACUAAUCUAUGUUGAUGGCA